AGAAAUAUAAAUAAAAUAAUAAUUAAAUAAACGGAAGGAUGUAAGUCCACCGAAAGCACCGCCAUCCAACGACCCGGUUUGAAGCGCGCAUCCCCGGAGCUGACGGUGAGGAAGGCGCAGAGGAAGCGUAGGGCUGCAGAAGGAGAAGGAGAGAGUGAGAAAAACAAACAAACAGAGAAAAAAAACGCUGCACUGGAUGGUGUGGGAUGAAGAUGAUGAUGAUGUUCCACUGCACGCCCCGCUGAUACUCAGGGACUGUCAGACUGGUGGUGGUGGUAAGGAUUAUCCAGGAGACAAGCGGAAGGAAGACAGGGAGGAGGGGAGGCAAGAGACAAGCAUCAUCCAGGGAGGACGGCAUUGUGAGGGAGGCUGUCCGACCAUAACGCGGAACAGUAAGAAAUUCAUUAAAAAACGGAGGGGAAAACACUGAAUUAAAACCUGGAUUAGCGUUUUACUUUUUUGCCCUCUCCUUUUUCCCCCUUCCCCCCCUUUUUUUGCAUAUAGACUGUAGUUAUCACCGGAUACUGGAAUUCAGGGAAGAAAGUCAGUUCAUGAUUGUUCCAGAAACGCAUGCAGAUCCAGCAGAUCUGAGUGGAUAUACCAGCUCUCCGCUUGUUAUGCAACUCAAAUCAAUUGCGGCUCUUUAGAAAGUGCCCUAAUAUUUCUUUUCCUGGAGCCUGUGUCUGUGUGGUGUUCUCGAGGGCGGCUGGGAUUACUGAGGCUGCUCGCUCAUUCCGGCGUGCGCGUGUGUGUGUGUGUGUGAGUAGGGGGGGGUAGGACCAUAUUGGAGGCUUGCUGGUUGUACUCCGCGGAGAGAAGAUGUCGGGGCAGACGCUGACGGACCGCAUCGCCGCGGCUCAGUACAGCCUGACGGGAUCCGAGGUGUGCCGAGCGGUGUGCAAAGCCACCACGCACGAACAGACAGCCCCGAAGAAGAAACACUUGGAGUACCUGAUCCAGGCCACCCAAGAAACCAACGUGAACGUCCCCCAGAUGGCCGACACGCUGAUAGAGAGGGCUGGCAAUGCCAGCUGGGUGGUGGUUUUCAAAGCCCUGAUCACCACACACCACCUUAUGGUGCAUGGCAAUGAGAGAUUCCUCCAGUUCCUGGCAUCUAGAAACACCUUGUUCAACCUCAGCAACUUCCUGGACAGAACUGGCUCCCAUGGCCUCGACAUGUCCACAUUUAUCAGACGCUACAGCCGCUAUCUCAACGAGAAGGCCUUCGCCUACAGACAGAUGUCUUUUGACUUUGGCCGUGUCAAGAAAGGAGCUGAGGGUGUGAUGAGGACCAUGUCAGUAGAGAAGCUGCUGAAAGGCAUGCCUACUCUGCAGAGCCAGAUCGACGCACUGCUGGAAUUUGAUGUGCAUCCAAAGGAUCUCAACAAUGGAGUGAUAAAUGCCUGCUUUCUCCUGCUCUUCAAAGAUCUGAUCAAGUUAUAUGCCUGCUAUAAUGACGGCAUCAUCAACCUGUUAGAAAAAUUUUUUCAAAUGAAGAGAAGCCAGUGUAAAGAUGGGCUUGAGAUCUACAAGCGGUUCCUGACAAGAAUGACUCGAGUUUCCGAAUUCUUCAAAAUUGCUGAGGAAGUGGGAAUAGACAAAAAUGACAUACCUGAGCUUACUAAGGCCCCCGAAAGCCUUCUGGCGUCUCUGGAGACCCACCUCAACACUUUGGAGGGGAAGAAACCAGAGGAUAAGUCGCCCACAAAGGAUGCUACCGCUAACAAUAGCAUGCCGGCAGCAGCAGCACCUGCUGCGCCAGCCAAGCCCGCGCCUCCCGCUGCUCCCGGUGGGCCUCCAGCCCGCCCCGUGCCGCCUGCCAAGCCCCCUCCACCCUCUGUCACUCCCACUGCACCAGUCCCCACCACUGCCAGCAAUGCACUUGAUGAUGGGUUCCUCUUGGAUCUAGAUCCCAUGUCCUCCUCAUCAGCAGGGGGCACUGCAGCGGCUUCCUCCACAACUGGAUGGGGAGAUCUCUUGGCGACUCCGGCCGCUACCGACGGAGCCUCUGAAUCUCUCCUGGCAAAGAAAGAGUCUGCUGAUGCCAAUGCUGCGGCUGCUUCUGCCCCCGUGGCUGCCCCGCCCAUAGCCCCUGCUCGUUCCACCACUGCUGCAGCUGCGCAGGCGCCCACCUCGCUGCCCAUCUCUGCUCCUGCCUCCACCACCUCAGCCACAGACAUCGACCUUUUCGGAGAUGCGUUUGCACCUUCCCCAGGAGAUGGUCCUGCUGCCGUGGCCGCGGGCCCUGCUGCUGAUGCAUUUGGUGGAUCUGACCCCUUCGCUACGACGGAGGGCAGUGCGGACAUUGCUCCAGAACUGGACCUGUUUGCUAUGAAGCCCACCGACACGGGGGCGGAUGCUGCUGCCAUUACUCCUCCCACCUCUAGUGAUGCGCCGACUAUCAUCGCCCCCAUUGCUGCCCCCACCCCUUCUUCCACUAAUACCACCACCACAACUACUACUGCCACAACCUCCACCGACACCACCACAGAGUCUGCAGCUGCCCCGACUCUAGAUCUCUUUGGUGAUAUGUUUGAUUCUAUGCCUGAGCAAAGCCCUACCACUGAAUCCAAAGCUGCUACCACUCCUAGCGUAGACCUUUUUGGUGCAGACCUUCCUGCUGUUUCACGCGGGCCCUCUCCUUUGCCCGAGCCGGCUCCGGCUGGAGACAUUGUGACGGAUUCGUUUUCAUCUCCUGCUCCUACCCCUGCCCCGGCUCCUGCUUCUGUUCCUGCGGCAGGGACCUCAUCUCCACCUAAAGCAGAGCCAGAGCCUGUCAUUGACCUGUUGGACUCUUUCGGGGGCCCUGUGGAGGAAACGCAGAGUUCUGCUCCUGUAGGACUUGAAGACGACCUGCUGGGAGGAUUAAUGUCCCCCACCCUCACCCCUGCUGCCGCUCCAGCCCUGGCUCCAGCUCUGGUGCAGAAUGACCUCCUAGAGACGGGUUUUGAUGCCUUGGGCGCGCUUUCUUCGCCAGCUCCACCAGUACCUGCUGUAGUGGCCGUAGUACCAAUAGUUCCAGCUCCAGCAGCAGCAGUAGAACCUCCAUCCACUACAUCAGCACCCUCUGGUGGCUUUGAUGCUUCAAUGUUUGAUGGAUUAGGUGACUUGCUGAUGCCUAGUGUAACGCCCCAGAGCACUGGGGGCAGCACUACUGGAAGCACUGCAGGAAGCAUGGGAACUCCUGUUGCAAUGGGGGGUAUUGCAGCCGCUCCAUCCGCCACCCCUCCUGCUACCAAAACCAUUGUAGGAGAUCUGGACACAUCGCUGGCCAACCUGGUUGGAGACCUUGGAGUAAAGAAAAAGGACUCACAGAGUGAGAAGAAGCUAACAGGAGGCGCAAACUGGAUGCCACAGGUAGCCCCCACAAGCUGGGCUACACCGGGAGCCCCCAUGACCGGUUCCACGCCUGGAGCUCCUGGGGUGCCAGGAGCAGCUCCCCCUGGUGCAGCCAUGGUGCCACCAAUGAGUGCACAACCUGGCUUUGGCAUGCCUCCUGCAGCAGGGCCUGGAGCUCCUGUGAUGCAGCCCAUGAUGGGACAGUCCAUGAUGAGACCUCCCUUCACUGGGGUGGCCGGAGUUGCACCUGGAGCCGCUGCACCAGGAGCACCGCUUUCUCCAGGACCUGCAAGCCAGAGCCCCAAGAAGCCCAAGGACCCAUUGGCAGAACUUGACCUCAAGGACUUCUUAUAACGCUCCAGCUGCUUCCCUCUUUGGAUGAGAGCCCCCUCACCUUUUUACCUGGUGUCUGUCAACAUCUCAGAACACCAGCGAUGUUCAGCUAUUCAACCUUAUUAAGAGCCUCUUUUCUCCACCCUACUCCAGCCCAGCCCUUCUCCUGUGUGAUGUUGUAGCACAAACUGUGAAAGUGAACCAUAGCGGAUUACAUAUAAAUAUACGAGAAAAAAAUAAAAGCGUGUGCUUAUGUCGAUGUACCAAACUUUUGUCUAAACAAAAUCACUUAAAAAAAAAAAUUAAGCGCGAGAAAGCGAAGGCGUACGUGUUCGGAUUCAUUUCUAGUACUAAGUCGAAUGAUGGAUGUGCUUUGGUGUCCUGAGCUCCUCCCCUUAUUUGUCUCCACCCCUUUCUUUGUCCGUACCUCCUUGUAAAGGGGGAGGGGCUCUCCUUUUGUCCCGCUCUGAUUGGAUGAGAGUGGGAAAAACAAACAAAGCCCCGGGAGAUUUUUCUGAGAAACAUGCUGUGUGUUGUUUACAGAAAGGUCCUCUUUGAUGUACAUAGAUUUCUCCGGGCGAGGAUUUCGUCUCUAUUCUGUACGUGUGUUGAAGAGAAAUAUAAAUGUGAGUCAGACAUGAAGUUGUAAGAAGUGGUGUGAGUAUCCUUCUAUUUACCAUCAUCUUUCAACACUAUUUGGAAGCAAAUAUGACUACCGCUACAUGAUUAAUAUACUGUGUAUUUAGAAACCUCUUCUAUGGGCUUCUGAGUCAUACAAGACCAGCAAGUGAUCCUUUUGUUUGUUUCUCUUGUUUUUAACUGGUGGCUUAUUUUUCUACAUUUC